AUGGACCGGGACGAGCAAGUUCAUGACGCCGUUCCUGACUUUACCCUUAGCAGCUGGGCCGAAAUUCCUCAGAAGCGCCGAGCAAUUGCGGCUGAGGUCAGCAAAAGGGGUCUGGAGGCACUAGACCGUCUGCCCGAAGCCAUUAGAUUCGAGGUCAAAAGAAACUUCAGCCCAGCAAUACCUCAGUGGUACCAGUAUCAUUUGAUAGAGGACGUCCCGAUCCAGCAAUCCAACUCUACGCAUCAAGAACCCGCGAGUGUCACAGAAGCCGCCCGGAUUUAUUGGAAAGACUGUGUCGCGCUGAGGGAUCAUUUUGAUUGGAUUGUGGAUUGCUAUGGAGAGAUGAUCGAUCAAUAUCCCGACGUGGUAGAACGUAAUGCUGCUGGACGCUUCCGAGACCUUGAAGGGAUGAAACCGGCCGCGCUUGGCGACUUGUCAAGAGCGCGAGAUGUUGUUGCCGGACUUCUGCUGAAUUUCGAUACCAUUGGUGCCAUCAGUGAAGAUGACGUCCCCGGUAUCCGCCGCCGGCUGCAACAGGAAGAAAAUCAGUUUGUACUCGUACGACAGAGCAUCCAUGCGGCCGAGGGCGUGUCUUGUGGCGAGAGAGUCCUGUACGCUAGAAUCCGGUGA